GUGAACAGGAGUUUUUAUGUAAUUUUCACUUUCAUAACUGGCACAGCUUUCUUUGAAAGUGUAGAAGGGAAUAUAUCAAAUACAAAAGUAAGAGACUAUACAUUCAGAAUGAACAACGUUAAAGACUGGUGUAAAUCGAUAUUUAUUCUCCCCCUGACAGCUGGGAACUGCAAAAGCAAAAGAGACCACAAUCAUAUCUCCCAUGAUGGAAGUAUCGCAGGGUUAAUUAUGCUUACCACUCUAGUAGUCGUUCUAGCUGAAAUAAUACUCAUGUGCCGUUCGGUUCAGGAAACAAAUAAAAGAGCACCUGAUAUCUCACAGCAACUACUCACUGCGUUGAACUGCAUAGGAAUUUUGUCCUGUAUAUCAGUUGGAGUACGAGAACAAAUAAGAAAGAGAUAUAUUUUGAAUACUCGAUCUCAUGAUAAAAGCCAAUCCCUAAAGUUGAAAUUUUUAUGUUUGUUUUGCUUUGGGUGUGUAGUUUAUCGUACCAUGAAGAUAGCUGUUCAUGUUAAAUGCAAGGUGUAUGUCCGUAUCGAGGAUAGUAUGGAAAGCACCGUUUUAUAUGAUGUGUCAUGUCUUUCCUUCUAUCUGAUACAGACAUCCUUUGUCCAUUAUUUUUCUAGAUACCAGUUCGUCAAUUCUUUGUUUACCUUGUAUGGUUUAGUCAUAAUUGUAGUGACAAACAUUUCCUCAUGGGUUUACCAAGCUACUAGAGAACACGAUCUUUUAAGAAGUUCUCCUGAAAACACAACAGAUCGAUGCCUAGAAAGUAAUACAUCUCUUUUCAUAGGUCAUCUUUUUCAAAAUGCAAGACCUUUUACUGAACCCAUGCUUGCCGAGUAUCCUCUACUGUGUUUAAUAUUUCUAUCUGAAAUGUGGCCAGGGACAACGAAUAAACACUGUAAUAUAGAAGAGAACUGUAAUGAAUCUGAAGACGCAACAGAAAUGACAACAUUGUUACAAAGCGAUAGUAGCGUUUCGCGUAGACUAGUCUCUGUUCGACGGAAAGUAUGGAUAACUGUAUGUACGGUACUAAUAAGUGGUAUGAUAUAUUUACCUAAACUAGUUACUGAACUGUUGAAUUUAUUCUGGGAUUUAGGAACUAAUUUUUUCUGGAUUUCCUCCAUAACUACGACACUCGAAUAUACUGUACAAUUCCUUGCUCUUGCUGUAUGCUUUCGUGCAGUGCGACGUCAAAGACCGCGUAAAGAGCACACCUCAUAUGACAUGGGAAAAGUUCUGUUGAUUCUUAGCUUUAUCAUAUCGACAGGAUAUUUUAUUCUGCCCUUAAUGAUGCAAAUACUUCCCAUUUUCAUAAAAUACCGAGGUUUCUUGAUUUAUAAAGAUAUUUUAAGAAUUAUUGUCCUGUAUCUCCAAACCGUUUACAUUUUGCAGAUGACAAAGUAUACAAUUACAUCUCCAGGAUCGCAGUAUUUCUCGUUUCAUGAUGCAUGUCUAUUCAUCGGUCUCAUCAAUUUUGGUUAUUGGUUUUCAGAUACUUUCAUCGUGGUUCAAUAUAAACAGAAAUUCACCCAUCCUUACUACCGUAGUGUAGAAAUAGGAAACAGUAAUAUUUUCUGGUUUCCUUUCAUGUUAUUUUACAGAUUUGAAUGUUUCAUGUGUUUUUAUUCUUUGUACAGGUCUUAAUUUCCAUAACACAUUUUUAUAAGUCGCGUCUGAAAAUAAAAGUAAAACUGAAGCACCUGAGAUCACCUCCAGUUUUUAAUGGAAAAAAGUACGGUGACCCAUGCUUUUUAUCAUAUUUUUGACAAAAGCAUGAUAUAAACUUCAUUUUGACAAAUUAUCAAAAAAAUAUGGAUUUAAAAAAGAGGGACGAAAGAUACCAAAGGGACAGUCAAACUCAUAAAUCUAAAAUAAACUGACAACGCCAUGGCUAAAACUGAAAAAGACAAACAGACAAACUAUAGUACACAUGACACAACCUAGAAAACUAAAGAUAAACAACACAAACCCCACCACAAACUAGUGGUGAUAACAGAUGCCCCGGAAGGGUAAGCAGAUCCUGCUUCACAUGUAGCACCCGUCGUGUUGCUUAUAUGAUAACAAAUCCGGUAAUUAAGACACCCAAUGUGCAAAACAUUCGAUUAUUCGAAAAACAACUAUUAUGCUAUUGGCCACUUUAGCUCUCUUCAAUUUUUGCAUUUUUUGUCGUUUUUAUGCAAACAAUAUUUUGUACCCUGUACAAUGCAACGAUGUGUUGCAAAAAGUCAAUUCAAUGCAAUUAAUAUUUGACAAUGUAGUACUUAACGUCGGAGGAGGGUUCACCCAAAGUACAUGCUAUUUACAGUUCUAAGAGACGGGCUAUAAUUAAUGUGCAAAUUGAGAUUUAAAAAAAAACAAACAAAUUCUUACAUACGAAUGAUAGCAAUGGCAUAGCAGGAUAUGGUGUAUAUUUUAAUGAGGUAGCAAUAGGAGAUAAACUUGAUAUAUCUCACCACGCAGGUUUAAAUGUUAAUAACGAAUCUAUACAGGGCAGUUAUGUCUCAUUCCUCUCUACAGUGUACUUAUCGGACUAACAACUAAAAUAUAUCCCAAUGCUGUUAUCAAAUUGACAAGAAGAAAGAUUUUGUAUCAUCUUAAACUAAUAGUGUAAAAAGAAGUAAUAACAAACAUGAAUUAGUUUGUACUGAUUAUCAAAGCAGUUAUUUGCUCAUUCAUUUGAAUUAUUUCUUAUUUGAAUUAUUUAUUGUAUAAUUAUGUAUGUUAUGGAAAAUAAAACGUAAAAUGUGAAUUAUAGAGGCUAUGGUUUAUCUGAACUAUAUUCAUCUGGAAAGCAUUCCUAAAAGUCACAUGUACACACAUGUAUAGAUCUCGGGAAGUGAUAUUGUUCU